AAAACUAAAGUUUGUUGCUUUUUCUCAUGCUUAAUUGAUUCUUUUGUCCUUCUUCUUCUCUUUCUCUUUCUCUGGAUUUCAACAGAUUGAUCCAAGUCCAAGAUCAAUGGGUAUUCUACUUUGUUGUUUUCAAAUUCCGGAGAACAAUGAUGAAUCUCUAAACGUUGCAAGAAUCAGAACCUUCACUAACCCAAUAACGAAUAACUUAUCCCCCAAGCUCGAGCAACUAUUUCCAAGCUUAGAAAGAGAGGAAAUUUACUCUGUUGCCAACGAAGAAGACGUUUGUCCGACAUGUUUCUAUGAGUAUAUUGAUGAAAACCCGAAGAUAGUUUUGCAAUGUGGACAUAUAUUUCAUCUUGCAUGCAUCUAUGAAUGGAUGGAGCGAAGUGAAGUUUGUCCCUUUUGUUCAAAGACAAUGCUUUUCUUGGAGGGUGAAGAAAUUACAGAGCAGGUGGAGUAGUAAUAAUAAGAGAUAUACUCAUAUUCUUUUCGGCGGCUACAAUUUCUAUUCUUUGACAAUUCUUUUCGAGUUUUUUUAACUCUUCCAAUAUUUUUAUACAUUCCAUAAACAUUUCUCUCAUUCUUAAGGAGUAGAAAAGGUAGAAAUGGAAUACAAGUCUGGUAAAGCCGAAGGUCUCCAUGCCCAAGACUAUGUCAAUGUUGGGGGAAUUAUAAUCAAGAGUCAGGAUAUCAUUCUAGCGAGUAACCAAGAUAAUUUUUUCAAACAUGUUAAAUAUGACGGUAUACUUAAGUUGGGCAUAUAUACAUUUAAUAAUAAAUUAUUUAUAUGUUUUAAAAAUUAUAAUCUCUAAACUAAUUAUUAUUACAUUUUUGAAAAAACAUAUUACUAUGUUUUGCUAUGGUUUUGCUUAUGUUUUGCUUUUGUUUUGUUUUUGUUUUUAAUAUUAUCUUCUAAAUAUAAUUCUUCCAAAAUCUUCACUUUC